AUGUCAUCGGAGAAAUAUUUAAGGUCUGUCUUGUCUCAAUUGGUUCUAUCCAUUUCGGCAGAAAAAGUUGAUGUUCCAUCUGAAAUAAGUUCUGAUUUACAGCCAGUGACAAAUUGCAUACUUUAUAUACUUAAAGGUGUUUCUUCGAAAUUAAUACACGAACAGGAUUAUUAUUCGUUGUUAUUUACUGACGCUUCGAAGAAAAUUUUAGAAAGCUUCCCAAGUAAUGAUUUAUAUACUGUUUUAAAUGAAUAUCUUCAUGAAGUGAUCAAUAAUUUUGAACAAAGAUUUCAAGAAGAAACUAUCAGCAAACUUCAUUUACAAAUAAUUGCUAUUGCAUUAUUGCAAACAUUUAUACAGUUAAACUUUACAGGACCAGGUAUUGAGUUUAAUUCGCAACAAUUAUUCUUUCCUGGAGUUGAUGAAAAAACAGUGCAAUUGGAAUCAAUUAAGUUAAUCAAUAUAGAAGGUGAACAAGCCUACGAAUUGAUGGUAGAUCCGUUGUUCUUUAUUAUUUCAUGCUUAUUAUUUGAGAAGUUAAUGCAAGUUGAUUCUAGGUUAUCUUUAGUGAAUAAAACUUUAUUGGCACCACUUGAAGAAAUUAUUGAAGCAACAGGAAACAUAUGCAGUGCAAGUCCAGAUGACCCAGUAAAGGCAUCACUUCAAUGGUGGAGAGCUAGGGCAUUACAGGUGCAUUUGUCUUUAAUUUCAGAACCAGCAAGCGUUUUGUCAAGCGUUUCGUCAUUAUUAUUAAAUCCAUCUGUUGCUAAUGCAUUGGCACCAGCUAUAGAUGAUAACUUGGAAUUAAAAAAGCAUAUUCAGUUAGUAUACUUUUUAGAAUGUGCAAGAAGUGGAAUACAUAGUCAAACAGAGCAUCUUGCUAUACCUUUAUUAGGGAAGGCUCGUCAACUUUCAGAAUUGAACUUUGUGAUAUCAGGUGCUAAGGCAAAAAGAACCAAGUUUCAAACGUUUCACACUUCGGCUUUGAUCAUUUUGGCCAAGAGUAAAAAAUCAACUUUAUUUGAUAACGAAAAUGAUAAUCCAGAGACCUUCGGUUUGGAAUCCGACUUGUUACUAGAAAAACCUCAAUUCGAAUCAUUAGAUGACCUUGAACUUCAAGACGAACCUAAUUCCAAAAGGAUUAAAAUUGAUGAAAUUUCUACUAUAAAUGACGAGGAAGGGGAUGAAGAAAAAUUGUUACCUAUCGCAAUGAGACAGGAUGAUAUACCUGAUGAAUUGAAAGCAUUAGAUCCAAACGAGCAACCUGCUUUAAAUGAUUUGGAUAGUGUCCAAUUAUUAUUGAGAUUAACCACUUUAAGACAAACGACGCCAUCCAAUAACCCGUUGGUCGAAGAAGAGUUAUUAGCAUUAGCUAGUAGAAUUUUAUAUGCUUCAUCCAAGAGUGUUAAUUGGAGUAUAUUUUCACGAGCUUUGUGGGAAAGAUCGAUCCUUGAAACUACUAAAGCCAGGACCAUCGAAAGAGGUAUAUUACAAAUGACAUCAUUAGUGGAAGAAAUUGGUAUAAAAGUUAAAACCAGAAUUAUCCCACAAGCAAUGGAAGAAGGGGAUGAAGAAGGGAGUUCCGCCGCUGCGUCUAGAUUAAGAUUUAUACAUCAAUUACCAUUAAUGCCACAAUGGGCAAUGGAUAUGAGGUUAGCAGAGAAGUACAUGUCCCUCGGUGUUCUUAGAUCGGCUGUUGAAAUUUAUGAAAGAUUGCAGUUAUCUUGUGAAACCGCAUUAUGUUAUGCGGCAGCUGAUGAAGAAAAAGAAGCAGAAAGGAUUAUAUUGGAAAGAAUCAACUCUCAUCCAGAAGAUGCAAGAGCUGUAUCAAUUCUAGGAGAUAUAAGACAAGAUCCAAACUUAUGGAUAAAAGCAUGGGAAAUUGGAAAAUAUUCGAAAGCUAAAGCUUCUUUAUCACGUUAUUUCUAUAAUCCACCGCAAAGUUCAGGACUUACUAAAGAUCUUGAACAGGCUAUUAAACAUAUGAACGACUGUUUGACAGCGAAUCCAUUAAGCUACGAACAUUGGUUCUUUUACGGGUGCUGUGGGUUAGAAUCACAUCAAUAUGAAGUAGCUGCUGAGGCUUUCACGCGGUGUGUAGCUUUAGAUGAUACUAAUUCUCAUGCUUGGUCCAAUCUUGCAAGUGCUUUGUUAAGAACCGACAAAACUAGACCUGCUUUGAAUGCUUUGAAGAAAGCAAUUAGAUGUGCUGGUGAAUCCAAUAAGUCUUGGAGAAUUUAUGAAAAUUACUUAAUUGUUGCAGCAAAAUUGAACGAAUGGAAUGAUGUAUUGAUUGCUGCUAGGGAGUUAAUAAAUAUCAGAGGUAAUUCUGACGGGGAAGGCUCAAUUGAUAUUCCAAUAAUAGAGAAAUUGGUAGAGAUCUUGGUAGCAACCGAAUAUCCAUCUGCUGAAGACACAAGGUUUACCCAUUACCAAAAGUCUUGUAUUGAUCUUGUUUGUAACAUAUUACCUUCAGUGAUCACAAAAUCUGCCAGAUGUUGGAGAAUUGUUGCAAGAGUAGAACUAUGGAGACAAAAGCCGUGGGCUGCUCUUGAAUGCCAUGAAAAGGCAUAUAGAGCGUUGAGCCAGAGACCAGAAUUAGAGACUGACGAGUCUGCUUGGAAUGAGGCCAUCGAUUCCUGCUCUGAUUUAGUUGCUGCAUACGAGUCUCUUGGCGAGUUACCAGGAAAACACGAUGCGGGAGAUUUGGUAUGUAAAGACUGGAAAUACAAGGCAAAAACCACGGUGAGAUCGUUAAUGUCUAAAGGGAAGGCUAUGUGGGAAGAUUCUGAAGGAUGGUACAGAUUACAAGAUAUGAAAGAACAAUUGUUAAAUAAUUGA